AUACAAAAAACCCUAAAUAAAAAUUGUGAUUGCUUUUAUAGGAUAAGAAAUAUAAGAAUACAAAUGAACUAACGUUAAAGGUUCGAUUAUCCAGAAUGUAGACCAUAUAAAUAUUAGAAUAAACCAUGCAUGUAUGCUUACCGGUUAUGAAUUUGCCAUUAUGCAUUAUAGAGCACAUAUCAUUAAGUUUAAUGAUGUGACAACACAUUUCUCAAACAUUAUUUUCUCUUAAUCGGUAGCGGAAAAUUAUCUAUAAUAACAAUUACAAAAGACGUAUUUAACAUAAGGCCAUAAAACAAUAAAGUAAUACCGGCAGUCAUUGCAGGUUAUGGCGACAUUCAUAACUACAGAAGUACUUGCUUGAUCUAGACGGCGCAUCAGCAUGGCUGGUUCCUGCAUCCUCAUCAAGUGUUUUUAUGCAUUAUCACUUCAAGAAACGUUAAUAUAAAUAGUACAGUCAAAUAAUUUAAUUUCCUACCCAUUUUGUACUUUGUCACAGUGGCAAUAGUAUGAGGUCUCUAGCAACUUUCAUAUUGAUUGUCACUCUGGCAUGGUACGAAAUGGGUCGGAAAUUAAAUUCUUGGACUGACCUGCUACGUACUGCUGUGUAUUUAGUGUAAGCGGGCUGGGGCUGCUGUGAACUGCAUAGGUUGACAUUAAUGAAUUAUUCGCUCACCCGAUCACAAUAGCAGAAUUAUGUGUAAUUGGAUCUACUAAUCAUUACGAUGGCGUCUUAUCAAAUCAGAUUAUCUGUUUAAAAACCCCUCGCAUUCAUAUCUGUCUUCCAGUGUCGUGAAUGUUUUCUAAGAACGGUAUAGUGUAGAUCGACAAACAAAUAAUUUAUUGGCUGUUCAGAUACAGCUAGCACGACUUAUGCACCAGUUUAAAUAAGUACCUACGGGACACGCAGCGGCGGCACGGCGGGUUCGUGUUCGAGCACCGUGAUGCCGGGUCUCAAGCUCCUUGCGGUGUUUCUUUGCAUCUUCAUCUCACAUGUCUCGGCAACAGAAGAAUUAAAUGUCACUGACGAACCGGUGUAUUUAGCUGUAGUCAAUAAAAAUGGGGAUAUAGUUUAUAUGAAGGAAGAGUUGUCAAGAAAGUUGGAGGAGGAGCGAGAUGUGUGGCACUGGACGCCGUGGAUGCGCACCAGAACAGAACUCUACGAUAAUGUGUUAGCCGAGUCAGCGUGCGUCGACGGUAAUUCGAUCGAGAGUUUUCCUGACGGAUUAUUUGACGAUGAUCAAUUGCGAGCAGGAGCGUUCAUCCUAUAUGCCAUUUUCGGCAUAUAUUCGUUCACCCUGCUGGCUAUAGUAUGCAAUGACUUCUUUAUACCAUGCGUGGAAAAUAUAUGCGACGAUUUAAAAAUACCACAGAAUGUGGCAGCAGCGACGUUCAUGUCAGUGGCGACGUCAGCUCCGGAGUUUUUCGUUAACGUUAUUUCUACGUUCAUCACCGAAUCUGACAUGGGCAUUGGGACCAUCAUCGGCUCCGCCAUCUUCAACGCCCUUGGCGUAGCCGCAAUUGGCGGCAUUGCUGCGAUCAGAGUAAUCAAAAUUGAGCCUGUGCCAGUUACUAGAGACGUUCUCAUUUACAUGGUGAACGUUAGCGUUCUGGUAGUCAUCGUGUGGGAUGGCCAGGUUGACUGGUACGAGGCUCUGGUACUGGCCAUAUUGUACAUCCUCUACUUCAUCCUAAUGUUUAACAGCAUGCGGCUGUUUAUGUUCCUUAGCAAGCUAUUUAAUAAGUGCUUCAAACGCCAAACUAAAGACAUAAACGAGCGGACGAGCAUUCCAAACACAGAAGAACUUGACAAACCUGUGGAAGAAGGCGUCGAAGACAAAGAUGUCAACGGCCAUACCGCCAACGGCGAUAGCAAGAAUAUGGACGCCGAUGAGUCAAGUAAACCUAAGAAGAGUUUGUUUAGGUUCCCAAAAGAGAAAGGCUGGCCAUAUAAGUGUUGGUGGUUGUACACGUGGCCGCUGAAGCUGCUGCUGGGAAUCACGGUGCCCUCGCCGGUCACGAGGCGGAAGUGGUACCCGUUCGCUUUCUUCAUGUGCAUUAUCUGGAUAGGAGUCAACUCUUACUGCGUCACGUGGAGUAUGACAGUUCUAGGUCACACAUUCUUUAUUCCCGACUCGGUGAUGGGGAUGACAUUCCUGGCCUUCGGAGGGUGCCUACCUGAAGCGUGUUCUAUAUUCAUCAUGUCUAGAAGAGGCGAGGGCGGUAUGGGAGUCUCGAACGCGCUAGGCGCCAACUCUUUGGCUAUCUUGUUCGCCUUGGGCGUGCCGUGGCUGAUCCGCACGCUGACGCUGCUUGCGCGGGGCGAAGAUGCUGUCGUGUACAUAAAUUCCAGUGGCAUCGACUUUGUCGUUGGCUCUUUAAUAGUAGCUGUCUCUUGUCUUUGGAUAACUCUAUACAUAGGAAAGUUUACUCUCAGGAAAACAGUGGGGUGUGUUCUAGCUGUAUUUUAUGCAAUUUUCAUAACUUUUGCAAUUCUUGUUGAAAUGGGCAUAAUCUUGGAUCGAACAGUCGCAUUCUGUGGUUAA